CGAGGGCGGAAGUUCAGCCGAGAACACGGAAAUGGAAGAAACCGAUUCCUCGCGUCCUUGCAGCAAUAAUCUCAUUUACGGCGAGGUGAAACCUCUGCAUGCCACCAGCCCUCAGGACAUUCUUCAAGAAUGUCUUCAGACAAGGCCAAAUUACCAGUCCGACUACCCCUUGGUGCUGGACAGGCCGAAUUUCAAGAAGGAUCUCAGGUCUCCCAAGGAUCUGGAAGACGACCGGAAGGUCUGGGAGAGUAGCAAGAAUCCCGAUUCCAAGGAAUAUCCGAUGUCCGGAGAUUCCUGUCGAAACGAUUGUUGUGGCGUCGAAAGCGUGAGUGCAGAGGACAUGGAUCUUGUCGAGUCUGACUCCUCUCGUCCUUGCGGCACACAUCCUGUCUAUUGUGAGACGAAACCCCUACUCGCUCCGACUGUCCAGGACCUCUCUUCAGAUUAUCACCAGGCGAGGUCCAGCUACCAGCUCGACUGUCCCCCGAUCGUGGACAGGACGAGUUUCCAGGACCUUUCGAUUCCUCCUCGAGAGGAUGACCGGAGGAUCUGGGAAAACCUGAAGAAAUCCGAGACCAAGGAAUACACGGCCACCGCAGAUUCCUGUCGGAGUGAUUACAGUGGCAUGGAAGGCGGCAGUUUCUCUAAAAGUGCGGAAACGGAAGAGACCGAUUCUUCGCGUCCCUGUAGUAACAACCCCGUCUUCAGGGAAACGAAACCCCUGCACGCGAGUCGGGACGGCCCUCAGGAAUUCCUCCAGGGGAUGUCGAAUUACCGAUCUGAGUAUUCCCUGGCCUUUGACAAGCCGAACUGCAAGAAGGACCUCCAGAUCUCUGCCGACAGGGAGGACGACAGGAAGUUCUGGGAAAGCAACUCGAAAUCGAACCCUAAGGACUGCCCCGUCCCUAGGGAUUCCUGCGAGAGCGAAUAUCAACCCACGAUAAAGCAGGAACCGGGAGAGUCGAAGGAGCAGAACAAGGAUUGGGUUUGUCCAGUUCCGGAAGUCGAGGUCGGAGAAUCCGCUACUGGAGAACCGCACGUUCGCGCAAGGAAAGACAUCCCUCGUGGAACGAGGUUUGGUCCUUACCUGGGAAAAUGGACUGGAGAGCCCUUCGACCUUCGCUAUGCCUGGGAGGUACGCAUCGCCGCAAAUGGAGUACGAGGAUGGCUGGAUGCAUCUCACGUGAAGAGUAAUUGGCUGAAGUAUAUAAGGAGUACCACUAGACCACAGACCGUGAACAUGCGACAUGUCCUCAUUGGUGGACAGAUGCUGUACGAGGUAAUCCGAGAUGUCGUCGUGGGCGAAGAGCUGCUUCUCGGUCUUCGAGUACCUCUUCAGCUACAAGACAUGCUCGGCGAUAAUACGACCGAGGACAAAAGCGACCGAGAGACCGCUUCUCAACACAGCGGCACUGUUGAGGAGGACAGAGAUAACGUAGAAGAGGAAGAGGCCAGAUGUCCAGUUUGCGACAAAUGUUUCCAAGACAUUGAAUUUCUCGAUCUUCACCUGGUCACUUGCCACCGGUACCCGGCCCAGCAGCACAGGUGUGACAGUUGUCCGAAGAACUACGCUUUGCGGCUGCACUUGCUGCGACACCGGGUGGUCGUACACGGAUAUCUGAGGAAAUACCAUUGCGAGAACUGUCCACAGGUUUUCCCAGACACGUUCAGUCUCCAGGAGCACAUCAAGGCCUACCACGAGGGUGCUCGUUGUCAUGCCUGCGCGAAGUGCGGCAAGACAUUCGCGACGAAAUCGGGCUUAAAGCAACAUACACACAUCCACGGCACCUUCAAGCCGCACUUUUGCGAGGUUUGCUUCAGGGCAUACACUCAGUUCUCCAACCUAUGCCGUCACAAGAGGAAUCACGCGCCUUGCCGCACGAAGGCACAGUGCAAUAAGUGCGGCCAGACCUUCAAUUCGAUGCCGAUGCUGACGAAGCACAAGCGAUAUUGCGAAUCCCCCGCACCACCAAUUCCGCCGGCACCUCCGGUACCACAGGUACCACCUCAAAGCAUGCAUCAGCUCCCAACAUCGGUGCCAAGCCCGUACCUGACGUACCCCAGGCCUCCGGUUGCCAGUCCAGGUGUCAGUCUACCAGGAGCAUUAUUCUACCGCACCAACCUGAUGAACUUCUGUUCGGGUUUCUUCCCAAGUCCAUCCAAUUUCCUAAACACACCAUUGCUUUUCCCGUCCAAGGCGAAAGAGCGAUUCGCAUCGUCAAGGGCGCUACCAUUGAACAGCAAGGUAUCGCCGUCUACGGCGGAAGAGGCGACCUCGAAUUUCAGGCCGUCUCCUACCAGGCCUGACGAAGAUCUCAACAAGCAGCGGGAGGUGAAGUCCACGGAGAAGAAGAAGGAGGACAAGCCAAUCGACAACAAAAGGAGGGUCGAAGCCACGGAUGAGUCCGCUGACCAACCCUUGGACCUCAGGGUGCAGACCAAGAGGCAGAAACCCGCCAAUGUGGAGGCUGUUCCACCUCCGGAAGAGAGUCCCCUUCCUUCUCCAGUGCCAGUAGCGGAGGGACCUCCACCUCCGCUACCUGCCGAGGAGACUUCCACCCCUAAUGAGGAGCCUGCCGAGUCGGAACCCAAGGAGAUUCCCAGCCCUACUCCUAGGAACAUCCCCGUUGAUCAGCCUCCCAGUAGUACAGCUUCGCACAUGGCUUACCCCAGACCCAUUCACCCGAUGUACCUGGAAGCCAUGUAUCGAGCACCUGGUGGCGCGUUCCCCGGGUUCCCAGGAGGUCCACCUCCUCCAGGAAGUGGUCCAGAUUCUGCACUCUUACCCCCCCUGACACCUUUUGCGCCGCCUAGAGGAGUUCCCUUCCUUGGACCUCUGAUGAACGGACUAGGCGGUGCCAGACCUGGUGGAUUCGACCUGUUGGCCAGGCCGCCGAUGGGUGCCUUCCCAGGUGUCAAGCCGUUCCAGGACGUCAUGUCCCACCACCUCCACCCUCAUCAUACGGGCCAUGGGAAAAUAAAGGACCGUUACUCCUGCAAGUUCUGCGGCAAGGUCUUCCCCAGGUCGGCAAACCUCACUCGCCACCUUCGCACUCAUACCGGGGAACAGCCCUACAAGUGCAAGUACUGCGAGAGGUCCUUCAGCAUCUCUAGCAACCUGCAGCGGCAUGUGCGCAACAUUCACGACAAGCAGCGGCCGUUCAAGUGCUCACUCUGCGAGAGGUGCUUCGGCCAGCAGACGAAUCUGGACCGUCACCUGAAGAAGCACGAAGCUGAUGAUGGGAGUGGAGUCGUCUCAGUUGCUGACUCCCCGGGCAGUAGCAACGAGAACGACCGGGAAGACGCUUAUUUCGACGAGAUCAGGUCCUUCAUGGGCAAGGUUACGUAUGGGGGAGAAGGCUAUGGCGUGUCCCACCCGGCCUGCUUCCCAGGGGGUCUACAUAAUCUGCAUAAAGCCAAAUCCAAGGAUGAGUAUGACGAGGGGGUCUCUCCUCUGGAGGAUGCCAAUGGCCUUUGGCCGGUAGACUCCAAGGAGUCCUCGUCUCCUCGGUACGAUCUCAAGAUUAGGGAUAAGCAGGAACUCCUCAACAUCAAUACCGCCGAACCCGUCAUCGAAAUCUCCACAUAGCCCAGAGGUCGACGUCGUCGUCGUCGCCGUCUUCGGCGGCCCUCGACCGAUUCCACGUCGUCGACGGAGUCGGGCCAGUCCUACCCCCGUAGGACCUCCACCCCCGACUCCAUUGACGCAUCCUGAAGACGGGAUGGGACCAGGAUGAUCACACGGGGAUCAUCAUCAGCAGCGCGCGGGAGGCACUCGUCUCUAUAGCUAGUUCCUACAGACUCGUUCAAAGUACACGUUAUUAAGGUUCAACGAGCUCCCGCGCGACUCCACCCCGAGUUCGUCUAUUGACCCACCUAGCGUUAUUUAUUAUUGCCAUUAUUAAUGAUUAUUUUUUAUUAUUAGCGACAUUAUCGUUGUUACACUUACCGUCAGCGGCCGCGGCGAUAUGAUCGUCGACGAGACCCUGGAAUGAGGGAACGACUUUGUACAUAUACAGAUAAGACGUUAGGGGGUCUUUUUCUAGGACUCGAUGGAGUGCAAAAGGAGAAUGUUCGGGUCCUUUUUCUUGCUUCAUGGAUCACUUUUGUACUCCAGGACGAGUAAAUCGAUGGCGCCUUAGUUUUGCUGAUGAUCGAGAUGACUAUGUCCGUUGUUAGUUGUUGUUUGGAGGGUGCGAUCGUAGGGGGUGUAGCAAAGUAUGAGUGAGAGAGAUAUUACCAGAUUGUUAAGUUCGACGUUUCGUAAAACGCUUAAUUGUUUUUUUAAAACGACGCCAGAUCAUCGUUCACUUGGCUUUAUUUUACAACCUGGGUAGUGAUUUUAUAAAACGACCAAAAAGACACCGUCGUAUAGUUGAACUCAUUAAAUUAACGUCUUGCGUUCGGCGUACAUCAUUUCAGUCAUUCCAUAAAAAGCGUAGAUUGCAUAUUUUUCUGUAACCUUAUAUAAUCUAACUUAAUUUAACCUAACCCACACGGAGAAAAAUGAUUAGUUGACUGCAACAAAUAUAUAUCUUUGCCUGAAUCAUAUAUAAUU